UUGAUGGUCAGGUUGAAGACAAGACCAUGUGAUCCUUCAUGAGCAUCACUAGACCUGGUCCAAACCAUUCACUAGCUUACAUUAGAGGACUUCCACUAUACCCUUCAAUGUUUGUGUAUAUAUACACAUAAACAUUUAGAUUGAAAAGCAACACAAGUCCUUGCAUUCUCAAGCAUCAAGAGCUCCUUUCUUUUGAAAGUCCAUAUUGAUCUUUCUCUUGUUCAUCCAUACCAAAAUAUGGGUUUCCGUCUGCCUGCUAUUCUACGUGCUAAGCAAAUUCUUCAGAGGUCUCCUUCUGCAAACCAAACAGCUUCAGCAGCCAUGGAUGUGCCAAAAGGCUACCUUGCCGUCUAUGCUGGAGAAAAGCAAAAGAAGCGAUUUGUGAUUCCGAUAUCAUACUUGAGCAAACCUUCAUUUCAAGACUUAUUAAUCCAAGCUGAAGAAGAAUUUGGAUAUGAUCAUCCGAUGGGUGGUCUUACAAUUCCUUGCAGUGAAAUCAUCUUCAUUGAUGUCAUUUCUUGCUUAAAUUGUUCAUGAGACUGAACAUUGAACGCAAUUUUGUAAAGAAUUAGAGUUACAAGUACAAUGUAUACAAAAGCAUAAGCAUUAAUCAAUUAUUUUUAUUUCUUUAACAGACUAUCGGAGAUUAUGUUCUACAAUUUUCUUCAGCAUGAUUUUCCCCGUAGUACAAAAACAUUUUAUGAUUCCAUUCCCUAUUGUGCUUUAACCAGUCCUAUUUCAAACACGCCUUGGGCCAAUGCAGCUAGCUUUGUCUUGUGAUGAGUUUGACAAUUCAAUUCAAUUUUAGCUUUUUGGAAAACUUUGUACAUAAUUUUUUUUUCUUUAUUUCACAUAAUAUUUUCAAGAUUGAUUUUUUUUUUUAAA